AUGAAGCCAGAUGACUUUGUUGCCAUUGUCAAAUGCAUCACAGACGUAGAUUGUAUCAAAGCAUCAAAGUCCAACACGACAACCGUCUCAUUCCAACUAUCCUCACACAAGGAUUACGAACGACUAAUCGAGUAUCCAAUAACAAUCAAGAAGAAGAUUGUUAAGUUUGAAUUGGAAGUUGGUAGUGGAUAUGGAACACAGAUAAAGGUGAUGUUGAGUGGAUUGAGCAAGGAUACUACGAAGCAUGAUGUUAUUAGGGUACUCUCUGGUUGUUUGGAUAUAAAUCUGGCAAUAACUGCAAUUGAAUUGAAGGAAUCAAGUGGUGUGGCAGUACUCACUUUGUCCAAUAUCGAUGCCAAGUCACUACUCAAUCUCUAUCCACUUAGGAUAAAAGGACAGACAAUCAAGUCAACUCUGGCUGGUACCUCCACCUCCACCUCCUCCGGAGCCUCAUCAUCAUCAUCAACUUCGACGGAGAGUAAUGGCACAUUAUCAUCAGGCUCAUCAUAUUAUGAGAGAAAGACAUCAACUGCAUCUCAAUUCCAAAGAACUGAGCUUUAUAGUCCAUUCAAGGAGACAACGAAUGGAUCAUCGUCAUCAACUACGACAACAUCAUCUGCCCCUGCCCAUGCCCAUACUCAUACCCCAGCUACUGCUGUAGUGAACGAACCAAAGAUUGACACUACAUCACCAAGGAGUCAAGAGAAGGCGGAUGAGGUGUCAAAGUUGGCAUAUACUACAUCUCCAAGAGGUAUUUCCGCCGACACUUCUGUCGCUGUGCCCAAGGCAGAUGCCAGUGUCCCUGUGGUCCAAGUACCUUCCGAGGAAGCAUCCGUUGAGGAGAAGUUAAAGAAGUUGGCUGAGGAGAGGCAACAGAUCCGUUUGGUUCAUAUCACUCGUGGUCGACCCAAGACACCAAGUUGCCAUGUCAAGUCACCUUUGAGUGAUGCUCCAAGAACAACUCAAGAUGAUAACAUUGGCACCACCUCAUCAUCAAUUGCAUCAUCAUCGUCAACCUCGACAUCAAUUCCAGACGAAGCCACUACAGCAUCAAGUCAUUCAACUUCAUCGACCAACGCGUCUCAUCAUCAAACUACUACACCUAAUGCGGCCGCCUUAAGUGGCGGACUCCGUGUGAUGUUACCCGGUUUCAACAAUGUCAGUCUGAAGCCUGUCUCUGCCCAGAGGAAUGAGAGACCAAAGUCAAUGUUUGUCACAUCGUCCACAUCUUCAUCAUCUUCAUCAUCCAAUGGCAACCAAUCCAAUGGUCAUGGUAGCAACCUAAAUAUCCAAAAGAGUAACUUCAACAGCAACUAUGUUGUCGCGCCAAAGUCCAGCACAUUCUCAACAUCACCAAUUGUUGUUUUGACGCCCAAGGAUGAGCCAUCCACCAAGACAACUACUGCACCAGUAUCAUCGACAGCAACACCAAUCAAGAGUAAUGUUGUAAGAGUGGAGACAUUCAAGAGUGUGGCCAAGGUACAACCAAAGUCGCCAGACACCUACAGCAGCAACUACAACAACAGCAAUAGUGGUAAUAAUAUUCCAACAACAAGUCUUCGCACUGGAGGAGCAUCAACAACGACCUCAACAACAUCUGGAAGCAAUGGAAUCCCAAGAGUGACAUCGACAUCAUCAGUUGCAUCAUCCAUAUCCCACUCCAACUCGAGCUCCAAAGUGUCUGGCACUACCAACUCAUCAACCAGUGUAGUAUCCAACAACAAACUACUGUUUGAGAACAUGUCAAGAGUAUCCGCCAAGUAA